UUUUGAUCAAAUGCACCAAAAUGGCGAAGAAACCAAAAUAUUGACAAUUUCAGCGAUAGUUUUUGUCAUAAUACAAAGUUAAAAGCAGCGUUUUUGUUCUUUUACGCUAUGCAAAGGAAAGCCCCAAAACUGUUCAUAUGGAGAAUAACAUAGUGUCAGACUUUGAGCGGCUGCGAGUUUUCUCCAGCUCUAUUGGUAAGAUGGACGACCUUGUGCAUGAUCUCAGCAUGGCUCUGGAAGAUGCAGCCUCACACAAGCGUUCCAAGAGUGACGGGGGACAUGGAGCAUCUUCAUCAAGUACACGUCGCCAUCCAAGAAAACGUCGCGGUCGUAGGAAACGUCACCAGCCGGAUAAUGGGAAUUUCAGCGAAACAUCACAAAGCAGUAUCGAUGAAGCUUUGAAAGACUACAUGGAGAAUUGUGCACAGAGUGACUCUGAUGAUCUCACUAUAGCACAUCAUAUAGUGAGAUUAACAAUGCCACUUAGUAUUAACUAUGUACCAACACAAGUUGAGUCAGAUUCAGUAAACGAGUCUCUGUUUUCUCCAAUUCGGCCACAAAGAAGACGAAAGAAGUACAAGACAAUGGCAAUUGAUCCUGACCCAUCUUCGUCUCAACAUGACUCGCCCAUACAAGGCAAACCUAAGUUCAGUAGACCACGUAGCAAAACAAUGGAGCUGCCACGAUGUAGUAUGGGUACAAGUCCAAUGGAUGGUGGAGGAUUUCCCCAGAUAAACAAAGAAGGGGUGACGGAAGAUACAGUACCAGGGAAAAGGAAGAGAAAUUCCAGGAAGACUGACUUUCAGGCAGACGAUUGCUUUAAUAAAGAUGAUGACUCUGUUCAAGAUUCAACCAUGAAUUCUCAAGAGAGCAGUAGUUCAACUAUAAGUAGCAGCUGCAGCAGUGAUUCGGUGUCUGGGGAUGAGUACUGUGUAACUGCAGAAGCUGAUGAUGAACAGAGCGACUUCUUCCAUGAGAGUGGGCCAGCGAGUGGAAUCCCUGGCGUCAUACCAUGGUGGGAAAACGACGGUGUGAACAGCGGUGAUGAGACGAUGGUGUCGGACAAACACUUCCAGCAGAUCCUAACUGGCAGUUUUCAACACCUUUCUAGGUCCUCGCAAGUCGGCUUCAAAGCUCGCAUGACACGGAUCAUGAGACAUUGUGGAAGGGAAAUACGAUUCGGUAGAAGAAAGCUAAGAGGAAAGAUACCUGGCUACACGGUCCAGCAUUUUAUCCAAGAGCGACACAAGUGGAACAGUAUUCAAGGGAAACUUGCUUCCCGAUUCACAAGCCCUACAGGGGUUCCAACAUCUAACACACUUACUGACAGCAAACGCCAAAGAAAAACACCACCACCAAUAUUUGGAUUAGUAGGUGGGGAUUCCGAGCCAAUUCCAGACACCAAUAUUGGGAACCGUAUGUUACAGCAGAUGGGCUGGAACCCCGGGCAGGGCCUUGGUAUAGACGGGACGGGUAUCAGGACCCCCGUUUUGGCCAGUACCAGGCCCCACAGGCAGGGGCUGGGGUGUGACAACUCGACCCAGGGACAUGGGAGUGGGGGUGGUGGAUUAACCAGCGGGGGCGGGACUUUAUCUUCAGGGGGAGGGGCAUUCAGUUUGACCGGAGUGAUUGGCAGUUCAGGAAAUGUUGGCCCGAUGACAACCGGUAGUGUGAGGGAGGGGCUUAGAAGUAGUGGGAGUGUCGGAGCUGUCACUCAUACAGGAACGUCAGGUCUAAGUAGGUCAGGGACAAGUGGAAAUGUCAGUAUUAACCAGUCAAAUGCCAGGACAGUGGCAAACUUGCAUGUUACUGGGACAAGACUUUUAACGUCGGGGGCUGGUUUCCCGGUCAAAAUGCAAUCUAGGAAUCAGGAACAGACCAGGGUUUCUGGCUCUCAGACUCUUGGAUCUCCGCCCAGUAAAUUGUUCUGAUAAAUACAUGUACAUUGUGCUACAUAGGGCACACAGGAAUUUGUUUCAUCUCUUGCCCAAUCAAAUUUUAUUUACAAACAUGAUUAUAAUUAGUUAAAAUACAUUUACGUACUAAUAUUUGAUCUCAAAAAAAUAUUAUACACAAUUUUAAUAAAAUCAUUUGUCAUCAUUAGCAGCCAAGUGGAUAAUUUAUCUAGGUUUAGCUAGUUUGAGCAUUAAACAAUUGGAUAGGUUGACAUUAAUAUUUGGAUAAAUAUUGACCAAUCAAUAAACAAAACCGAAGAAUAGAUAAGUUUUAUACUUUUGGCUAUGGAAUUUCUGUAUUUGAUUGCUGUAAAAUUUAGAAAUUGUAAAAAUAGAUAUUCUUGUAAACUGAACGUUACCCUUAGAACAGGUAGGACAUGAUAGUUUGUGUCUUAAGCCUCACAGGUUUAAUUAUCAUAUUUCAUUUAGCUUAAUUUUACUUUUUUAAACUUAAUCAUGUAGACAAACUUUUAUCUUGUUUAUCUUUAUAAUAAAUUUUCUUAAGAACUUUUUAUCAAAAUUUUUUAAAUAUGGUAAAGAUACAAUACGAAUACAGAAUACACAAUUUAUAACAUAACAAAAAUUGUGAGCUUAGCUAUUGUUUGAGUAUGUUUGUCCUUAAAUAACACUCCUGAUAUAUUAUUCCUGUGUGUUUAGGGCUAUAUUGAAUGACCAUGGCAAAUUAAAUUUUGUAGAGGGCUGGAAAAUAACAAAAACUUUUAACUUUUAACCGAUUGCAAAAUUAUGUAACGUUCUGAGAUAUUACAAUUGAUAAUUGCUUACCAGUAUAUGCACAAAUAAUUUUAAUAUUAUCAUGAAAUGACGUUAUUUUAGAUCUAUUUUUCUAUUCAUAAAGUAUAUUAACGUUUGAUAUGCCGCCAUAAAUUACCUAUCAAAUUUAUAAUUUGCAGCAGUCAAUUGUAUAAAACAUUGGUAAAUUGUCCGAUGGUAAGCGUUUUUUAGUUUGCUGUUUAACUGAUUUGAUCGGAUAAUAGUUCUUCUUGGAUAAAAAUUUAUCAUUUGGCCUUAAAUAAAAAACAUUUGGUUCAGGUUACCCGACCCUACCUUGGAAAUAGGCCCACCGCUUUUUAUUGUUUGUUGGUAAAAAAAUUGAAGAAAAAAUUCAAAAAAUAUAUUUUAAAUGUUUUGACAAGUAGUUUAAAACCUGUAAAGCUUUAUACAGAAGAUAAUUUUAAGGCCAUUCCCAAUUGGUGAGUAUAACCUUUUAACAUAAAGUCUAAUAAACAAACUAAAAAAGCCUACCUACUCUACCUGUUUUUAAAAAGAACGUAACCCUAACUAAACAUUUUGUUUUGGCCUAGGCUAAUUUUGACCAAACCAAAGAAGUUAUCAGUUUACUUCAAUUGACUGUUGGUACAAAUUCCAUGUUAUGCCUGUUAGGAGGACAGAAUUCAAAACAGAUUUGAUAUGUGAGGCUUGUACAUUUAUUAUACUGUGUAUGCUAUCAUGUGUAUUUUUUAUUCUCUGAUUUUAUGACCGACGUUUGCUAAAUGUUGUAUGAUAAGCCCCGUGUGACUAAGAUGUUAAUAUUAAACCACUACAAAACCCCCCUGUUAUCCUCCCGAUGUUACUAUGUAAUGUUUGGAUGUUUAGAUGCUGUAUAUAUUUUUUAGAAAGGGAAAACAUUAUAAACUAUGCUAUUAUGUAAGAGAAAAACUCACAAACUUGUUAAUAUUUUUUUGUGGAAAGUUCACAAACUGUUUAUGAUGUUUGAGAAAAUUUCAGAAACUAUGUUAAUGAAUGUUUGUAGAAAAACUCAAAAACUGUUAAUGAUGUAUGAGGAAAGGUUAUCAUUUUUGUUAAUGAUAUUUGAAGAACACUCACAAACUAUGUUAGUUAGGUAUGAAGAAAACUCACAAACUAUGUUAAUGAUGUAUGAAGAAAACUCACAAACUAUGUUAAUGAUGCAUGUGUACAAUUCACAAACUAUGUUAAUGAUGCAUGUGUACAAUUCACAAACUAUGUUAAUGAUGCAUUUGUACAAUUCACAAAAAUGUUAAUGAUGCAUGUGUAUAACUUGCAAACUAUGUUAAGUAUGUACACAUAUAAGUAGUUAGUUCCAUUACUCUGUUUAAAUAUUUGUUGAUACAAUGAUAAAAUGGAUGUGCAAUUUUUCCAUUUCUGAUACUUGGUAUGAAUUUUUCUAUCAUAAUCAAACUAAAGAGCCCAUUGCUAAUUCAUAUGCAUGUCUAAAAAGCUAUUCUUGAUGAAAAGCAGAGGCAUUAACCACACAAAUCUAUAUGAAAUAAAAUUCCCAGCAUGUUGUACAUUUUGUUUGAGUUGCUAUAAUGUAUUUCUUUAGUUCUUUACAUCAAUCAACUUGACAUUGUCAUCAAAUUUGUAUAUUCAUCAAAUUGAUUGAGCAAGCCUGAAAUCAAAUCUUACAUAACUACUAGGCUAAAGAAAUAGUGACAGGCCUGGCUAUGGAAUAUUCAGACUUUGACCAGGCCCUGCAAACAAUUUACAAGUACAGAGCUUGUGGGCUUGUGCUCAUUUCUACCAUUGAAGUGAUAAGAUUUGUGGACACUAUUUAUUGCAUUAUGACUACCAAUUUACUUCUUUGAAGUAGGGAACUCGAAUUAAUUUCAGGGGGAUUUCAUAAAAUUUUCGAAAAUAGAUAUACUCGUUCAGUACGAAGUAUACUUUGAGAUGUGUUUGGUAUUUUGGGGGUGGGAUUUUAAAACAACUUCAUGAGUUUAAAGAAAAAAAGUCAAGGUUUUGUUACUGCCUGUUGUUGUGUCAUUUUGCAAAACUUUUAUCAUGGCCAUUACCAAAUAAAACAUUAAGCUGAUGUUUGAUUUGAAUGAGAGAACAGGCUAAAUUUCAAAACAGUGAAAAUAUCAAAUUCAUAUUUUCACUGUUUGAAAAAGUGAAAUAUCAUUUAAAAUUUCAAUGAUAAAUCUUUAUUAACCACAGGAAGGCAUAUAAAAAAGUUCUGUAACGUAAUAACUGCAUUAGAUAACUUUGUCAAGGUUUUGUCAUAGCCUUGAUACCUGGGCUCAUAACUCACAAACUGUUCAAGAUAUUCAAAUGAAACUUGGCACACUUGUUGCCUUAGACAAUACACACAUGUAAAACAAGAACAAAAGCUGUGGUUUUACUAAUAAAUGAAUUGUACUUUUUGUGCGUUAAAAUAAAAGACAAGCGUUUAUGUUUGGUCUGGGGAGCUCUUGUUGUGUUAAAUGUUUGUUUUAGACUAGUCAAUCAAGUGCUGGCAGGAAUGGGGUUGUUUGGGGAAUAGAAAGGGGGGUGGGGGGAGAGGAGAGAUAAUGGUGGUUCUGGCUGGCUGGAUGACCAUUCGUGUAUAAAUUUAAGUAUUGUAGUAGUCUAGAAUAGAAUUAUAUAUAUAUAUAUUUGUGCAAUCUUGCAUUUACUGGAUGUUUUAAAUACUUUCAGUGGAGAAGGUGGUGUCUAAAUUAAAGUUACAAUCUUUUUUCAUAUUUUAGCAGUGUGACAAUUAGAAGUGUGCUAAAUGACCAAUUGUAUAAAACAAUAUGUUUCCAUGACAAUUAUAUUUUUUUUAAGUAUUUAGGUAUAAGAUAAAUCUGGCAGCUGUUUACCACCUAUUUUUCCCAGAUUGUUUUUCAUUUGUGUUUCAUUGAUAUUCGGGAAGUGCAAAGUGUAGAUUCUUUAUGAGACAUGCAUUAUAGUUUUGUACAGAUUAUUAAGUUACUAUUAAGUACAUUCAUUUUUUCCUUCAUUUUGACACAUUGUAAAAUAUCCAUGUCAUAAAUUCACUCAUCUCUGUACAUAUUAAGCGACAUCUACACCGGAGAUAGAACUUAGAACUUUGUGUGUGUCUGACUGUGUGUACUAAACUUGAGGCCAUCUUUAAAAAAGUGUUUGCGGUGCCCAACCAACUGGUUUAAUUGUACAGCCUCCAAAAAAUAAAUUGCCAUCUGCGGUGUCAACAAAUUUUCAGUCUAUUAUCAAAGGGGGAUACUAUUGGAAAAAAAAAAAAAACUUUUGGUACUAAGAAAAAAAAUCCCUACCUACCUACUCACUCGCAAACAUUUAUUAAUUAUGGCCUAAAAAGUAUGUUUUUAUAUUCUUGAGGGGACUACCCAGUGCUUAUUUCGAUGGUAAUUCCUAAUAAAAAGAUAUUUAAUAGAAAAUGAUAACACUAAAAACUAAAAUCGUCAAUUUGAACACAGGCCUUUCCAGUUUUAUAAGUUCAUGACAAUACUGUGUUGAACUGUAAAUUUCACAGAAAUAAGAUCUUCACACCAAUAUGCCAGACAAAAACACCUCGACAUUAUCCUUCAGAAGGCUUCCCGGAGAUUGCUGAGUUGUUACUAUUGACAAAUAUGCAAGAACUAUGGCAUGUUCAUGUGACCUAUUGUGAGAUGUUUUUCUCGCAAUGUAUGAUUUGAAUAGAAAGAGGGAAAGGAUGUCCUUCAAAAUUUCUAAUAUACUAAAGGAAUAAUAAAACUGCAUGCAAAAAUACCAGUUCUUAAACAACUCAAUUCUAUAAAGUGUAACAUACUUGAAGAAGUACCUCUCUUUAUCACAGUAACAUUUAUGUGUCAAAUGAUAGAGGUAAACAAUAUGUAAACAAGGUAACACAUUUUGUGAGAUUUUUGUCUUCGACUUCCUUGAAGAUGUGAAGCUUUUUUUCCUUUCUGUGAAAUGUACCAUUCAAUAACGAUGAUCUCAAUAAUGACGUCAUCUUUGUUUAUAUUUUCAUUGGUUCAAUUCUUUGAUUUUUGUUAAAGUAUUAUGCACCUAUCAAUGUGGUGGCACUAAGGUGGUGGAGGGAGGCUGCGGCAGGCCUGUGAGGGACAAUGGGUGAUUUCCCGGCGAUCGGGAUUUUGACAAACCUGGUGAGACCGCCAUCCGGCAAAUAGACGAAGCCCGAUUUUUUUCCCACAUUUUUAUUGCAUGCAACCCAAUCCCAGGGAUUUUGACAAAAAAAAUCUGCUGUAUGGGUAGGAUUUGGAUAACCAAAUGAGUCGUUUGUCUUAAUCCCUCGUGUGUGCCCGUAGCCACCGGUUGAGCAACACAUAGGCAGGUGCAUUAUUUUAAAAAAACUGAUAAAUUAUUUUGGAAGCAUUGAAUGUCCAUGAUGUACAAUGAAGAAAUAAAUUGAAAGCUGU